AUGCUCUACGGUUGUGUUGAGAAGCAUGGAAAGUACAGCUCUGGGUGGACCGAGCGCCGCAUUGCCUUUGACAUAGCGGCAGGCCACCUGUACUGCAGCGCCCAGAAGGAAGGCCACCACCAUAUGUGGAAGCACAAGGUGAAGGUGGUGCGCAUCAUUGCAAAGGCCAGUGUGACUAAGAUCGACUACACCGCAUCGAACUUUGACCCGCGUAACCUCUUCGCGUUCAAGGUGGAGGGCAGCUACCGGCCGAUCAGCCAUAAGCGGACACAGUUUGAAGUUCCACGGGAUAAGCGUGCCUCUGUGAGUCCUGUCACCCCACUUACUCCUGGGCCCCCGAAACCUCAAGACGAUGAGGGCACCGGCGAUAUGCUUGUGUGGUACAUGCGCGCGAAGAACGAGACAGACUUCAUGACGAUUUACACCACCAUCCGUGACGUGCUGAUCCGCGAGGGGAUGCGACCACCGCAGUUCUGGGGACUGCCGAAGAUGGACCCGCGCAUUCAGGUGCCGCUCGCGGAGCCGCCGCUCUACCUGUGGCUCACCUUCCGUGCCAUGAAGCAGUCCGUGAUGUACGCCUGUGUGCAUGGCCACGUGGCGGUAAAACACGACAAAGCAUCACCAGCUGGCUCACUGAAGCUCUCGAAGGAUCGCAUGUACCUUGUACUCUUCGACAAAUCAGUGAUGGUGUUUCACGAGAACGGUCAGGCAUUGGCCGGCAUUCCCACCACCGCAAUCAAGACAUUCCACUACGCCACAACAGAUGUUGGCGACUCAGUGAAGGAACCCGGCAACCCCAAGUGCCGGUGCUUCAUGGCGUUUCUUUCGACUACAGAGGCGUACCCAGACAUCCUGUUUGUGCCGACAUUGGAGCGAUUCGCCGACGCGAACGAGACCAACGUCCCCGCCGCGCAGGUGAACCGUGUCUUGUUCGCCCUGAAGCAUAUGGCUCCGCUGACGCGUCAUUAUCAGAAGAAGGCUGGAAAUGCCGAUGCCCCACCCACUGAAAUUGCGGAGGCGAGUGUGUUGACAGCUGGGCAGGAGGGUGACGUGGAGAAACACCCUAACGGACUGGCGGACGUGUACGCGAGGGAGCUGGUGCAGAAGCAGGAACUUCAUCUGCCUGAAGAAGUAGAUGCGGCCCACGAGAAGCUCCAAAGUGAGAAGGUCAUUCACGAUCUGCCACCGCCAAUGUGCCUCUCAAAGCUUGCGUCGAAGCUUGGUAUCAGGAUGAGGAAGUCGUUGACAGACUACCCGGAUCGUUACGAGUAUUUCUCGUCAGAGGCGACUGUGGCGGACCCGACCUGCUCUCACGCAGUGAAGAACCCGCUUCUGGAUCUCUUUUUCGUCAAAGGUGUCUUCUGA